AUGGAAGCACUUAAGAGAAAAGCAAGUGGAGAUGGGAAGAAAGAAGGUGGCGCUAAGAAGAGUAAGAAAAUAGUGAGGGUCGAAAAAGGACAUUGGCCUCCAUGGGCGAAAGAGCUGGAACAAAUUCAUUUUAGAUUGAAUUCGUAUUUCACAUUUUUAUCUUCAAGAAAGCACAUCAUUACAAAAUAUGAUACAUUGAAACAGCCAGUAGAGAAAACAAUCAAGAGAGAAUUAACACAUGAGGAUGUCGCUAAGCUUGUGGUUUUACUACCGAAUGAUAUCGUUUUCAAAUAUGUUGAUGAGAAUCAGGUCACCAUGGAGAAGAAAGAAUUUGAAUAUUCCAAAGGCUAUACACAACAUGAUAUUGAUAUGUUCAAAUUGAAAGACCUGGAAAAUAGUGAACAGGUUCUAAUUCUUGAAUUCAUUGAUGGUGAUUUGACUAAAUCCAAGACUCAGUCUGCCUAUUAUACUGAAAUGAAAGUUCCAACAUAUACACCUGACUCAAUGAAGAAGAUGAUUGCUAAAAGAGAUUCUAAGUUUGGUGUUGCAUUGAAUGAAUUCCUACAGAAAUGUUCAUUGGAAGGAGAUGACCCAUUGGAGAAGCUGUCAACAAUGGCCCAAUCUAAAUUACCUCAAACUAAGGAAUUUAUUGAUCCCGUUGAACAAAUGAUUAAAGAUAGACGCAGUGGCGAAGUUAGCGAUGAAAGACCCACGAUACCCAAACUUAUUGAGAAUAUAAAAACAACAAGGUAUAGAGAUCAGAUAACCGGCUCAUAUGUCUUACCAGAACGUGAUGCUAUUUAUAAAGAACUUGAUUUUGAACUUUCAGAAAAUUUGAAAUCAUCAUUAGGGAUAAAUGGAUUUUACUCCCAUCAAGCAGAAGCAUUGAAUGCAAUCAAUAAAGGUGAAAAUGUCAUCAUUUCAACUUCAACCUCAUCGGGUAAAUCACUUAUUUAUCAAAUUCCAGUGUUGGAUACAUUGGAGCAUGUUCCACAAGCAACGGCAAUGUACAUUUUCCCAACAAAGGCUUUAGCACAAGAUCAAAAGAGAUCAUUCCAAACUCUGAUGAAUAAAAUGAGAUUAAAUGCAUUAGUGGACACAUACGAUGGUGAUACUGAUGCUUCUGAUAGACAACAUAUAAAGCAUAAUGCUAGAGUCAUUUUUACAAAUCCAGAUAUGGUUCAUACAAGUAUCCUACCAAAUCAUCAAUCUUGGAGACAUUUCUUACUACAUCUUAGAUACGUUGUUAUUGAUGAACUUCAUAUAUAUAAGGGACUUUUUGGAUCACAUGUGGCGUUAGUAAUGAGAAGAUUAAGAAGAAUGUGCGCUUUUUUAGGUAAUUUUGAUGUCCAAUUUAUAUCUUGUUCUGCUACUUUAAUGGAUCCUGUUGGUCAUAUGCAUAAUAUCUUUGGUGUUGAUGAAAAGGAUAUCACACAUAUUCACGAGGAUGGAUCACCAACUGGACAGAAGCAUUUAGUUGUUUGGAAUCCACCUUAUAUAAAUCCAAAUGAUCUUUCAAGUGGGAGGGAAAAUUUUAUCAAAGAGUCCGCAAAUAUUCUGGUUCAACUUGUCUUGAAUAACGUCAGGGCUAUUGCUUUUUGUUAUGUUCGUCGAGUAUGUGAAUUGCUGAUGAAAGAGGUGAGAAACAAAUUUCAAGAAUUGAAUAAACCCGAGUUAGUAUCUCAAGUUAUGAGUUACCGUGGUGGGUAUUCUGCCUCAGAUAGACGUCAAAUUGAACAAGAGAUGUUUCAUGGUAAUUUAUCGGCCAUUAUAUCAACGAAUGCUUUAGAGUUGGGUAUUGAUAUUGGGGGGUUAGAUGCGGUAUUAAUGUGUGGCUUCCCGUUGUCGUUGUCAAACUUUCAUCAACAAAGUGGUAGAGCUGGUAGACGUAAUAAAGAUUCUUUAACAUUGGUUGUUGGUAGUGAUGCUCCAGUUGAUCAACAUUAUAUGAAGCACCCAGAACUACUUUUAGAGUGGAAUUUUCAAGAACUGAUUUUAGAUUUCGAAAAUGCAUUGGUACUAGAAGGGCAUUUACAGUGCGCUGCAUUCGAAUUACCCAUAACAGACGAAGAUAAGUAUUACUUCCCAAAUCUAGAGAAAGUUUUAUCAAAAUUAGAGAGUGAUGAAAAUGGUUAUCAUUGUGCAACCAGAUAUUUACCAUGGCCAUCCAAGAAUGUAUCCAUCAGAGGUAUUGAAGAAGACCAAUAUGCGGUUGUUGAUAUCACCAAUAAUAGAAAUAUUGUUAUCGAAGAAAUCGAAGCUUCAAGAACUAGCUUUACUCUUUAUGAAGGUGGUAUAUUCAUUCAUCAAGGUUAUCCAUACCUUGUUAGAGAGUUCAAUGCUGAUGAACAUUUUGCGAAAGUUGAAAGAGUUGAUGUUGAUUGGACAACAAGCCAGCGUGAUUUCACCGAUGUUGAUCCCAAAGAAAUUGAGCUGGUACGUUCUGUUGAUGGAAGUGAUGUCCCUAUAUAUUUUGGGAAGAUUUUAACCACUAUUGUUGUCUUUGGAUUCUUUAAAGUUGAUAAAAAUAAGAGAAUUUUGGAUGCCAUUGAAGUUCAUAAUCCACCAAUAUUAAUUCAUUCAAAAGGAUUUUGGAUAGAUAUACCAGCUACAGCUCUAGACUUGAUCACUUAUAAAGGUUUGAAUGCUGCAGGUGGUAUUCAUGCUGCUCAGCAUGCAAUUAUGGGAUUAUUACCACUUAUUAUUGUUAGUGGGGUUGAUGAAAUUCACACAGAGUGUAAAGCACCUGAAAAGGAAUUUGCUCAAAGGGAAACAAAGAGAAAAAGACCAGCAAGAUUGAUUUUUCAUGAUUCAAAGGGGGGUAAACACGGUUCUGGGUUAUCAAUUAAGGCAUUUGAACAUGCUCAUAUUUUGCUUGAAGAUGCUCUGAAAAGGGUUUUGGAAUGUCCUUGUGAUUGGGGCUGUCCCGAUUGUGUUGCUGCUGCAUUUUGCAAAGAAAACAGUCUGGUAUUAUCUAAACCCGCAGCUUUGAUUAUACUUUAUGUCAUUUUAGGUAAAGAAUUCAAUCUUGAUGAUAUACCUGAUGGUCCUGAACCUAAUAUGCCAGAAAUCAAAGUUGAAACUAUUGUUUCUGCUGGAGCUCCUGUAAAAUUCGCUCGUGAUGUUCAAAUUAUUGACGUGCGUAAGGCAAAGGAGCCAUUGGUGAAAUCUGAAGAUAAAGAACUCACAAUAACAGGUAAAGAAAGAUUGACUGAAUCCAACCCAAAAUUUGAAUCCAGCAUUGUGAAGAAGGAGGAAGAGGAGGAAAUUGGCCUAGAUGAUCUUGAUGAUGAACUAUUAAGCAAAGUCUAG